AAACAUAAAAGCCCAAUACAAGAGCCCACUAACAGAUAUUAGGGUUUCAGAAUUCAUCAUAUUUACUUCUCUUCUCUUCUCUUACAUCUCUCUCUCUCCCUCACUCACUACCUUGCUAUCAGCCUCUUCUUCUUCUGGCUAAGGGAGAGUGAGUGAGUGAGAAAAUGGUGAAGUUCUUGAAGCAAAACAAGGCGGUUAUCGUCCUUCAAGGGCGGUAUGCUGGACGCAAGGGUGUCAUCGUUCGUAACUUUGAUGAUGGUACUCGUGAUCGCCCUUAUGGACAUUGUUUGGUUGCUGGGAUUAACAAGUACCCAAGCAAGGUUAUUCGCAAAGACUCGGCUAAGAAGACUGCCAAGAAGUCUCGAGUUAAGGCCUUUGUCAAGCUUGUUAACUACCAACAUUUGAUGCCAACUCGGUACACUCUUGAUGUUGAUCUCAAGGAUGUUGUUAAUGUUGAUGUUCUCCAGUCUAAGGAUAAGAAAGUCACUGCCUUGAAGGAGACCAAGAAGCGUUUCGAGGAGAGAUUCAAGACCGGGAAGAACCGAUGGUUUUUCACCAAGCUUAGGUUUUGAGUCAUUUUUGGGUAUUUUUCAAACAAAUGUUUUAUGUUUCUUUUAAUGGACAUUUUUCAAUACUUGUUAGGUUUAUUUGAUGUGUUUUUUAAUGAUUAAAUUUUAUGAACAAGUCUUUGAAUUUUUUUCCCC